CCCCUGGGGCCGGACCCCCGCCGCCGCCGCGGCUGGUCGGGUGCCAAGGGAAGUGCCCGAGCCAGGAAGUGAGCGCCCAUCUGCAGCGAGGCCGGGGCUGGAGAGGGGCUCAUCACUUCUGGAGAUGGCUGGAGCGCCGGCCUGCUGCUCUGUCCUCCCGAGAAGAAAGGGGGCAAAAGCCGAGUCCGGCGGGGCCCGCUGAGUGACAGAGCGCGGCUGAGAAAAAGGACUAAAUAUAUCCUCUAAAAAAAGAGCACGGCUAUUUAGUCAACUCAAGACUUCCCCCCCCACCCCACCGCCCCUGCAUCCAAAGACCGGAGGAGAGGAGCACGUUGUUUCAUGUGUCAUUUGCAAAGCAGAAUUGAAAGGACACCCUUUUGCUUCCGAAACCCAGCCCAGGAGCAGCCCUGGGGCGACCGGUAUUAACAUCGACGCCUUUUCUAUCCUAUGGAUAUCAGCGGUGAGAUUCUGCCCCGGGAAGAAGAGAUCUGUACUUGAUCCAGCACCAUAUCAUUUCAAUGCCUCAUCUUGCCCAGGAUUGCCGGAGCAUCCUAGGGAUUGUAUACACGUUGUAUGCCAUGGGCUGUAUUCAGAGCAUUAGCUGCAAAUCCAAAGUUUUCCGGGAAAGCAUUGCAGUGAUCGAAGUCAAAGCCUCCAUCGACCCCGUCCCCACCAACAUUGACGAGUCGUCCAGCGUGGUUCUGCGGUACCGGACGCCCCACUUCCGAGCCUCUGCCCAGGUGCUGAUACCUCCUAUCCCCAAGAAAGAGACCUGGAUUGUAGGCUGGAUUCAGGCGUGCAGCCACAUGGAGUUUUACAAUCAUUAUGGAGAGCAGGGCAUGUCGAGCUGGGAGCUCCCGGACCUGCAGGAUGGCAAGAUCCAGGCAAUAAGCGACUCAGACGGUGUGAACUACCCCUGGUACGGAAACACCACAGAGACCUGUACCAUUGUGGGUCCGACAAGGAAGGAGUCCAAGUUCAACAUCAGCAUGAACGACAACUUCUACCCGAGCGUCACAUGGGCCGUGCCCGUGAGCGAGAGCAAUGUGACAAAACUCACGAGCAUCUACCGGGAUCAGAGCUUCACCACCUGGCUGGUGGCCAUGAACACGACCACCACCGAGACGGUCAUCCUGCAGACGAUCAAGUGGCGCAUGAAGCUGGGCAUCGAGGUGAAUCCCAGCAGACCCCUGGGGCAGCGUGCCAAGCUGCAGGAGCCCUCUGCUCAAGAGCAGCCCCAGGUCCUUAGCAGGAAUGAGCCACUACCACCCAGUGCCCUUGUCAAACCCAAUGCCAAUGAUGCUCAGGUACUCAUGUGGAGGCCAAAGGACGGACCGCCGCUGGUGGUGAUACCUCCAAAACAUCGGUCCUAGCAGCCUGGCGUCGUGGCACCAGAAGGGAGAACCGAACCACUUCUAUUUUAAAAGUGUACGCAUAUAACCUAAGCAAAACCAAGAUGCACUUUGUAUUCAUUCAACAGAAAUGCAACCAUUCUACCUUCUCCCAUUGGGACGGAUCUCACUGUGCUAAAGCUAGAGAGGAGACCCUUGCUGAGGGUCUGUCUCGUCACUAGAUUCCUAAAGGAAGAAACCAACUGGACUUUAUUUCCAGGCCCGUAGCUUUCUUUUCUUCCCUCUUUUCAUUACCAUUUGAACUUCAGUGUCAUUAGCUCACCCAGAUUGUCCAGAACAAAGGAAGAUUUUUAUUUUAGUUCAUUUGGUGGAAAGAGCUUUUUUCCCGCCCCCACCACUCUUUUGUGGAGAAUGAAGCAGGCUCCUGGAGCAAAAAGCUGACUAUUUAUUUAUGAGGAGGAUUAUUUUUUAAAGUGAUAAAAGGUUCCGAGUUGCAAACCCAAGUCAUGCGGCCUUAUGUAGACUUUGCUUUGCAUUGCCAAACUUUUGCCUUAAAGCUAUGUUUGAAAGAAAAACAACAAAACAGACAAACAACAACAAAAAAAUCCCCACCAACCCCAGCAGGCAGAAUCCCUUUUCUACAGAAUUUCAGGGAGGGGCAGGGAGACACGCUGGAACAAGGGAUAGAUGGUCCAUAGGUCAAAGGGAGAGGGGGAAAGGGUACAAUCGUGGCAGACACAUGAUUCUGAUGAAAACCUUCCUGAUUUUCUGUAUGGAUCAAGGAAGCCUGGAAAUAAACCCCGCUCAAAAGCCA